CUCCAGUCCUCCAACCCGCUUCACCUCCUCCCAAGACCGAACUGCCCAGCUGCAGGGGCUUCCAAGACAUACAGACAUACGCAGUCAUCCGCCGGAUCUGCGGGCAACAUGGCUUCUCAGGCCGGACAGGACAUUCCAGAACAUGGACAAGUGGCUCAACCCGCGGAGCACCAGGCGUCCUCUCCGCCUUCACUGGACCAUUUGACACCGUCUUCACGCCCAGAAACGCGUGAGCCCUCGCUGCCGCCACAGCCCGCCGUCUCGUGGGACGCGCAAACCCAGUCCUUUGCCAAGCGGAAACGAAGCACCGCCUCCCAGAUCUGGUCCGACUCAAGUGACCCUGCCAUCUUCUCUAGCGAUGAUGACCCUGCACUGGACAACUAUGUUCAUGGCCGUCACAAGAAGAAGCGCUAUGUUGGCUCCUGGUUCCAGCAGCGCCCAGCAAGCUCGGACUCCGGCCUGGGUCCUCGCCCUGGCUCCGGCGGCCGCCCCGCGUCCAGGUCCAAGAGACCGUUUGUCCCGGUCGACAGCGGUGUCUUCAUGGGCAGUGACAGUUCCAUUGAUGACAUCCUGGACGAGCUCCCCCCCGCCAGGGCGAACAGCAUGGUCUUGCCCCGAGCCACAACAACGAGACCGCCGGCCCCGCAGCUUACCCAGGUGCCGCGUCUGUCGCACAAGGGAAAGCUCUCCGAGGCGGAGGCAAAGGCCCAGGACAUCAUCCGGCAGUGUAUCGACCGUGGCAUUGAGGCUGUCGACUUAUCAGCCCAGGGACUCGGGCACAUCUCCAACCCAACCAUCUCGUUGAUAUCGCAGAUCGCCCGGAUCCCCAAUGUCGAGAGGGGUGUCCCCUUUGAGCAUCAGGACCCAGAGCUGCACCUGUUUCUCUGGGGCAACCAGCUCACCCGGGUCCCUGGCGCGGUCUUCGACCUCGACCACCUGACCACCCUGAGCCUGCGGGGGAACUCGCUCACCGAGCUGCCCCCUGCCAUUUUUAAGCUCAAAAAGCUGCAGACCCUGAACGUCUCGCUGAACAGCUUGAGAUUCCUGCCGAUCGAGCUGCUCGAGCUCAUCUACGACCCUGAGAGCUCGCUCGAGACGGUGAUGCUUCACCCAAACCCGUGGUACCAGCCGGAAGGCGGCCAGGAGCCGGACGCCCCUUGGUCAUCCCAGAAUGCAGACCGGACAAGUCCUGGACCGGGCCCCAAGGGGAGGGGUUGCAAGUGGCUCUCCCAUGAGCCUCACGCCGGCUCGUACCUGGACGCCAAGCUGUGGGCGAGAUCACCAGUAGAGUUCAAGGACACAAAAGGAAGGGUGUAUUCGGCUUUCCGGGUCAGGUCUGGCGACAAGAUCAUGCCGACAGAAGACCUCAGUACGGAGCCGUUGCCGCCGGCACAGGACACUGCCCGGCAACGGGCCUUGCCCUCCACCGAGGUCAAGACUACGAAGGUACCUACCCUGAUGGAACUAGCCCUCCAGGCAUCAGCCAGGAAUCCUUACCUGUCCGAGCUGCCCGAAAUGCUAGCCGAAACCACCCAGAACACGCGCAUGUGCGAGCUGCUCGCCGACACACAGGUAAACUCAUACACAGGUGGUCUGGGUUGCACAGUCUGUAGGCGGCGGGUCAUCAGGCCGACCGCGCAGUGGUUCGAAUGGUGGGAGAUCUUUGUGAACCGCUUGGCCCCCGGGGAAUCUGCCGACUCGGGACCCCGUGCGACGGUGCAAUACCUCACCCAGUCCCCCGAGGAGAGGCUAGUGCCCUUUGUCAGGCGCGUGUGCUCCUGGAAUUGUGUCCGAGACCCGUCCAGGGGCUUGGGCAGACCAUUACAGGAGGACAAGUUAGGCGCAAACGGGGGCGAGGGCAUGGUGCAAGAGCAGUAGUCACAUAAUACAAUCAUGAGUGUUUGCCCAGCGGGUUGCACAUUCCGAGCGAAAAUGAUUGAGUUGUAGAAUCCUGUCCUGUCGGUGAUAUAUAAUGGCCUUAAUUCCAGGUCGUGAUGGAUGUGUAUGAUCCAGGAUAUACCUCUCGUGCCUUGAACAAGGAAAUGUUCCUUUUCAAAAGAAAACGACCAUUGCGACAAGGCCAUGUGUUGUCAGUACAGGCACGGAGGAGUGGUGUCAGGAAAAGGUCCUUGUCUGGUAGGCGCCUCUGGACCUCGAGGUGCAGACGGCCACUGCAGCUCCGGCAUCUAGGGCCUACCCAGACCGGGUGCGCUUUGCAGACUGGCCAGAAGGGGUCUGGUCGCCCCGAAACCUCAACGACGCGAUUGUGACCGCACGAGGUGUACAAGACAGCCCUGCUCGAGGUUUAUAAUCCAAGACGUCCAGGUUUCUUCGACGGAGAGCGACGCGCCACCCCCAGGCAGAUGGGUCAUGCAGGACUUGUUCCUGGGGUGGCUGCGAGCUUGGCUGCCCUGUCGCCCCUCUGGUAGACGUACAGGGCCUCGUCCUUGCCAGCAAAACUCGGCAGCGGUAUCUGGACGACCUUUGUCCAGGCGGGCUGCUCGUGACGCAUGUACUCGUCAAAGGUCAUGUCGCUGAAAGAUGUGUAGCCGUUCCGGUUCUGGGUGCCGACGACAGCCAGCGUGUCGCCCCUGAAGGCGUUUAUCAGGUCCCUGGUGAAGCCGCCCUGGACGCCGCCGGCGAGGCCCCCGCCGACCACGGGGUAGACCAUC